AUGGCCAGCAGUGAUCACAGUACUAAUUGUGUUAAUACCUCAGAUGAGGAGGACUUUUCCUCCAAUGAGGAAUCUAGCUUGGAUAGCAUGGAGACAACAAAAUCUGCACCAGGAAAGCUGAGACCAGAUGAACUUCAAAUCCUCCAAGAUGGUCUAAAUGAUUGGAAGGAAGCUGACACAAACAAAAGGGCCUCACUGAUGGAGGGCAUGCAGGACAAAAUCAAAUGGCUGGAUGCCAACAAGAGCCUCAAACAAAAUGAAUGGAAUAGAAAAUGGACAGCCAUCAAGAACUGGAUGUAUAACAACAGUCAGUCCCAGGCAUGGAAGGCCCUGGUCAAGUAUGGCUCCAAAUGGACAGCCCUAAAGGUGAUCAAGCUGCAGCAUAAGAAGGAUAUCCAACAAGUACUUGUGAAGGCUGGAAUACAUCCCAGUACAUUGGCUAUGAUCAAACACUAUCAGCCAGCUGUUCAGAAGGUAGUCCAGUCAUUGACCAAGGCUGAAUUGGACCAGGCAGCCCAUUUGGCAAAAGAGUGGAACAAGAGAAAGCUGCCACCUGAAGCCCAGGCAGAGGUGGCAACAAGUAAGGGCCAGAAGUAUGCAGAACAGUUUGUGUAUGACAUGUGGAAGCAGUGUGGGAUGAGAGUGGUGAUCAUGUUGGCAUGGAAGGAUAAGGAAGGCAAAGUGAUGGUUGGAGUGAAUGACUUCAAUGAUGAGCUGGGUGAUGGAGAGCUCUAUUCAGAUUGGAAAGACCUUCAUGGAAAGUGGUCAGCCUACUCACAGAAGGCCUUUGGGGCCAAUGGUACAGAGGAUGGCAGCAGAGAGGAUGAGGCCAGUCAAACCACAGUAAAAGCAUGGAAAGGAAAAAAGCAGUCUCAAUUCUCCCUGUCCACCAAUGACAAUGGCACACCCAUUCUUCCAAAUCUCUUGGACUUACAGACACUGGAAUUAAAGGACAUCAUGAGGGUGUUUGUAACCAGCCAUUAUUGCUUGGCUUGUGGGAAGAUGAAUGCCAGUGUACCUUGGGCUGCAAUAGCUGACAACUGGGCAUCCUAUGUGUCUUCCAAGUAUCUUCCUCCCAAUAUCCUGUUCAAAGAGCCCACCAGGCUGACACAUCAUGAACUAAUUGAAACCUUGGAGUUCUGGAAGGAGCAACAGCAGGAGCACCCAGAAGAUGUCUUCUGGUUCCAAAGGUGGAGAUCUCAGGAUGGUUCCUUGGAGGAGCUGGUCACCAAACACCAAUGCUGGUCAGACAAAGCCAAAGGGAAGAGACCCUGGAUGGAAGUAAAUUCUGUUGAUGGCUCCAACUAUGGACAUCACUCAGAGGAGGAACCAGCUCCUCCCACAAAACCUUCCACCAAACAGCAACAGAUAGAUGGUAUGUUGGAGCUGGUCAGAUUCUUUACUGGUAACCCUAACAUGACCUUGGAAUUGUGUGCUGAAGAUCAUCCCACUGGAACAUCCAAUGCACAGGAGGACAACAGACAAUGGAACCAGUCCACAUCAGACCAGCACAAUACGGCUACUGCAUACCCCAAGCCAGCUGACAAUCAUGCCAAUGAUGGUGGUGAUUCAACUGCAAGGAAGCCCAAGCCAAGAAUCAGAUCCAAUGGUCAGUUUCAAUGCACACUUGGUUAA